AUGUCUCUACACACCCGUAACAUAUGGGCUGCUCGGGCGCAUCUUAGGAGAGGAACAGCUUUGAAUGCAUGUGGUCGGGGUGUCUCAUCCAGUAUAUUACCGAACGAAGAUCUUGCUCAUGAAGGCCGACCGAAGAAACACUCCAACCCUCUACUUCAUGUUCAAACACAUACAGGGGUUCGCAACAUGGCGCAUGGGUUACAUAUAAUCCGAAAUAUUGAGACGAAAUACGGGGCCAUUGAAUCAUUUUUGUUCCCUCGGGAAUCAGGCACAAACGAAUACCAUCCUACUUUCUUCUUUAGAUUCCGCGAACCUAAAGCGAUCAGACAAUUGGCCAAACCAUAUACUCACCUCGAUAUACCUGUUCUGGAAUUGGAGGAUAAGCCAAACCAUGAAAUCGGGAUGAACGAUGUUGGGUACCUUGUCUCACCAAAUUCUUCUGAAUUCUUCCCUACGCAUGUGCCCGAGGCAACGGAAACUGGAGAUGCUGUUGAAAACCUUCCCGAGGAGGAUGCGACCUCAAGCAGCUCAAACAAACCUUCAACGCUCAAAAGUCGCUACGCCAUCCGUAUUGCGGUUUCUGGCUUGGAUGAAUAUCCUCAGCCAUUCUUUUCGCACAAGACGAUAAAUGUUCAUGAAAGGGUCCGCAUUGAGCGGGAGCUUGCGGGUUGGAAAGGCGCAUAUGAGACUCUUGAAUCCGCCUCGUCGUCGUCGCAACCUCAAGCUCACCUCAAAGCGCAGUCUAUUGAGGAACUGCUACAGGAGAAUUUCAACGUCCCUCAGAACACCCUCGUUUUGCCGCAAACAAACCAUAAGAAAGAACCGGUGCUGGAGGGAGAUAGCAUAUCCGGGCAACUCGAGCAACCCCCGCAACCAACGGAGUACCAACUAUUCCGAGUACAUUCACGAAGGGACGCUCGUUCAACAAGCAGAGAUCCUCUACCUGAUUCGGAUGUUGGCGCUGGUGAAAUUGCUGAGGGUGACUCACCUAUCAAAGGGGCGGUAGCAGAUGACACCCCUGCUACGGGUUCUUCCGUGCAGUCCAGCGCUCGGGUUAGUGCGAAACGGGAACGUCAGCUCGAGCAAAUGCGGCGUGCUGCUGCCUCUCAAGUCCGCUUGAUUGCAGAGAAACGACGAAUUGACGAAGAGGCUGCAAAGCGCUCGAAAGCGGCAUCCGAAGCUGGAACUGAUGACCAUCUUCCGGCCUCGAACCAAGGAGGAUCACUUUGGGAUAGGUUUCUUGGACGAUAA